AUGUCUGCAAAAGAGAUCUCAAGCAAACUCAGCAGUAAAAAAAGAAAGGAUAAAGAUUUAAAAUCCUCAAAAAUAUCAGAGUUCAAAGAAGGCUGUGAAAUGAAAUCAAGAUACUUAAGCGCGGGUGAGGAGUCCUCUGUGUCAACACCAGAAAUCAAACCGUCGACAUCAAAAUUUAGCAAAAGUGACAAUUCUAACAUCGCUGACAUAAGCACUCAACGAAAUGCUUCACAAGAUAAAAAAAAGAAAUCUAUCAACAAAGCCUCCAGGAGUGAUCAGGAUCAUAAUGAAUCACUCAAAGAAUCCAUAAAUAUCAAUGUCUUCAAAGAGGCGCUGGGCAAUGAAUUGCGAAACUCGUUUGUCAAUGACCUAAAGGAGCUGGGCAAUGAAUUACGAAACUCAUUUGUUAAUGUUUCAAAAGAGGAGCUAAGCCAUCUCAAUGACUCGAAAAAGGAGCUGUGCAAUGAAAUGCGAAACUCGUUGAGGGAAUUUAAGGAAGAUUUGAAGGAAGAAAUGAGAGAGGAGAAAGAAAUAAGAGAGGAAGUUGCAAGAGAAUUGAAUGAGAUGAAAGAAAUACGAAACUCGUUAAGGGAAUUUAAGAAAGAUUCGAAGGAAGUUGCAAGAGAAUUGAAUGAAAUGAAAGAAGAAAUACAAAACUCUGAUAGUGAAAAGAAUAACGAAAAUGUCGGUGGUAAUGAUAAUGAUAAUGAAAAAAAUAAUAACGAUGAUAAUGAAAAAAAUAAUGAUAUUGAUGAUGAAAAAAAUAAUAAUAUUGAUAAUGAAAAAAAUAAUGAUAUUGAUGAUGAAAAAAUAAUGAUAUUGAUGAUGAAAAAAUAA